AUGUGUGCAGCAAUUGGGGUCGAUAUCGAAGUGCAGGAGCUGGAUCAGACACAAAAGCUGUUUGAGGACGCUGCAGAUGCCAAGGCUGCAGUUGCUGUGCUACAAUUCAUCUUGAUACACGCUGCCAAGUACGAUGUCAACCGCAUAGAUCUGGUGGAGGAGUUGCAACAGCUAGGCAUGCAACAAGAGACUGCGGAGACCAUUGCGCAGAGCUACGAGGAUCUUCGCGUCCACAUCCAAGACCAGCAACGUGCCCGACGCUUUCAGUUUCCUGGCGUCGAGAAGAUUGAGUGGAAGGUGGAGAAGGACCCGUCCAAAGUGAUUUUGAACUUGAAGCUGGACCAGCCGAACAAAUUUCUGGCGCUGUACGAGGAGCUCAGCCAAGCGCAGUCGCUGCUACACGGCGUGUAG